AUUCCAAUAUCUAGACAUAUUAAAUGUUAUGUUUACGAAUCCAAAUUCGUUCCUGUUGCUUCGAUAUUUCUAUUUUCAAUCGUUCAUCGUUUUAUCAUAGAUCAUAGUAAAUUAUUGUAAGCCUUAAGGCAAUAAAAGUUAUUACGUCUUUAUUGUUUAUAAUUAUUUAGUGACAAAUUACGCCGACUUGUCUAUUUGUAUACUUAAUCGUGGCCGUUAGUGUUCCUGUGUAUACGUUUUAACUCAUCUGAAAGUUACAAAAUGUCGCACACCAUACUGUUGAUCCAACCUGGUAGCAAACCAGAAACAAGAACAUAUUCCGAUUAUGAGUCCGUUAAUGAUUGCAUGGAAGGGGUUUGUAAGAUCUAUGAAGAGCAUUUGAAGAAAUUAAAUCCUAAGUCUGUAUCUAUUACAUAUGACAUAACUCAGCUGUUUGAAUUUGUUGACCAUUUAGCAGAUCUUUCAUGUCUUGUGUAUCAAAAAAGUACCAUGACAUAUGCCCCAUACAACAAAGACUGGAUUAAAGAAAAGAUAUAUGUCCUACUCAGAUGUCAAGCUAAUCAGCGUCAAUAAACCGUAUGAACUUAAUGGAAUGUUUUAUUAAAAGAUUAUGAGGCUGUUUUUUUCCCUGUUGACAAUUUAGUAGGUUUAAUUAAAAAAACACACCAAUUAUGAUGUAAUAAUGUAGGUUGACCAUAAGCAGUAUACAAGUUAUUCUUAGUGAUUUGACAAAUAUUCAUGAUCCUCAGAACUUCCUUUACUUAAUAAAAAUAAUAUUUAAAUAUGUAAUUUAAUUUUUAUUAUUUGUGGCUAUUUGUGUUGACUAACUUUGUUUUACUUCAAUCUCAUUAUAAUGACAGCUUUGGAAUAUACCAAGAAAUUGUUGUA